GAGAGGGCUGGCCGUAUGCACAGGGGAAAAGGCAGGGCAGGACCCAGACUGCAGCAAAGCUGUUGCAGCCCAGGGCAGGAGAAGAAGACAACGGCUGCGUUUGCUGUCGGCAAUGGCAUCUGAAACCCACAUGCCGGUGCCUGUCUGCCUCAUUGAGAACACCCCGGCGAGGGGGCUGGUGGUCCGGCCGGAGGCUCUGCAGGUGCUGUCAAAGAUCACCCAGCCUGUGGUGGUGGUGGCCAUCACCGGGCUGUACCGCACCGGCAAGUCCUACCUCAUGAACAGGCUGGCUGGUCAGAGGAGAGGUUUCUCCCUGGGCUCCACCGUGCAGUCCCACACCAAAGGUAUCUGGAUGUGGUGUGUACCUCACCCCUGCCGGCCUGGACACACUCUGGUGCUGCUGGACACUGAAGGGCUGGGCGACGUGGAGAAGGGCGACACCAGGAAUGACACAUGGAUCUUUGUGCUAACCAUACUGCUCUCCAGCACCCUGAUCUACAACAGCAGAGGCACCAUUGACCAGCUGGCCAUGGACCAGCUGCACUAUGUGGUGAAGCUGACUGACCAUGUCAAGUUGAAAGCAGCACCCAAGGAGAGUGAAGAUGAACUGGAUGAUUCAGAAAAAUUUGUCCUCUUCUUCCCGACUUUCAUCUGGGCUGUCCGGGACUUCACACUGCAGCUGGAGGCGGGUGGGAAGGAAAUCUCUGAGGACGAAUACUUGGAGGAGGCACUGAAGUUAAAGGCUGAUAGCAACCAGGAGACCCAAUACUACAACCAGCCCCGGGAAUGCAUCCGCCAGUUCUUUCCAGAUCGCAAGUGCUUUGUUUUUGAGCAGCCGGCCCGCAGGAGGGACCUGGUCUGCUUGGAGGAUCUUCAGGAUGAUGAGAUCAAUCCUGAAUUCCAGCAGCAGGUGGAGAAAUUCUGCAGCCACGUCUGGGAAAAGUCUCCGCCUAAGACCGUCCCCGGUGGCCACAUCAUAACAGGAAACCUGCUGGGGAAACUGGCAACGACCUACGUGGAGACCAUCCAGAGCGGGGCAGUGCCGUGCCUGGAGAGUGCGGUGCUCGCCCUGGCAGAGAUUGAGAAUGCAGCAGCAGUGAAGGAGGCUGUGACGUUGUACCAGGAUCUGAUGGCGCAGCGGGCAAAGCUGCCGACAGAGACUGUUCAGGAGCUGCUGGAGCUGCACAGCCAGUGCGAGCAGGAGGCGCUGGAGCUGUUCAUGGCACGGGCGUUCAAGGAUGGCAUCUGCCGUUUCCAGGCAGAUCUCAUAACCAAGGUAGAGGCAGUCAAGGCAAAGUUCUGCAAGGACAACGAGCAAGCGUCCCAUGACAAGUGCAAGGCUGCUCUCAGGGACCUCUCCCAAGACAUGGAGAAACGAAUCAGUGAUGGUGUCUACAAUGUGUCAGGGGGCUAUGAGCUGUUCAAAGAAGACCAGCAGGCACUGGUGGAGAAAUACUGGGAACUGCCUCGCAAGGGGGUGAAGGCUGAUGCUGUCCUGCAGGAGUUCCUCCAGAGCAGAAAGACUCUGGCCGAAAGCAUCCUCAACACAGACCGCUCCCUGACGGAGAAGGACAGGGAGCUAAAAAGUGAGCAAGAGCAGCAUGAGAGAGCUGAGCAGGAGAGGGCGGUCCAGAGGCAGAAGGAGGCUGAAGAGAGACAGAAGUUGGAGGACCAGUUACGCAGCUGGGAAAAGCAUGUGCUUCAGCUGAGAAAGAAGCUGGAGAAUUGCAGUGAGAAGCAGCUGGAGGAGCAACAGAAGAUGAUCAGACAUAAAUCAAAGGAGGCUGUGUUGCUCAAAGAUGGCUUCUGUGAUAAAGCCACCCACCUGCACAUGGUAACCUCUAGACUGCAGCAGGAAUAUGGCAGCACCAGGAGAGAGUUGCCAAUGUGGAUCAACAUAAUGGUAUCAAUACUGUUAGGCUUGGUAUUUGUCGUGUUUCGCUUUAGAACACCGAGAUUUUUUUAAUAACCCCUCUAGUAACAAAGUAAGAGAGGUGUGCAGUGCCCCCACAUACAAUUCUGUGAAAUUUUGAAAGCCCUUCCUGGAAGAUGCUUGCCAUAGAGCAUGAAAGUGGCCUCCACGUUCACUUGUCCUGCACCAGCUAGUGCUUCCAUGUGUGUCUCCUCCAGGAGAAAUCCUCCUCUUCCCUCCCAGAGCACCUGGUCUCUCACUUCAGCUGAAGGCACGGGAAACGUCUAAAGCCAGGGUGGCUUGGGGCGCAGAAAGGCCGUAAUGCCAGCAGGCGGGUCUGGGAGCAUUUUGCCAUGCUCAGAACAUGUCAUUGGGAGAUCUAACCCACCUCUUCUAGAGACCUCCUCACCAGGGCUAUGGGAAACUUGCCCGAGAGAGCUUUAAGCUCAUGUCCUGGGGUCACACUUACUGCAGCAGCAUGAAGUAGCAUGGAAGUUGUGAGUAAACCAGGAAUCCACAUGGUGAGCGCUGCCUGGUUUGCUUGGCAUCAGUCCUGCGCAGAGUCACCCAGAAGGAGUGAGCCCAUGACCCAGGGAGCAGUGGAUGAAAGCCAUCCUCUGCUAUGUAGCUACUCCCACCCUGGUCCUUAGCAAGGCUCUUCUCACUUUGAAGCCGUGAGGAAGUUCUCCCCACAGGGCUGUUCUGCUCUCUGCUCACUCACCCCAUCUCCAUGCUGCUCCCCCUUUCCUUCCUUCAGACCAAGAGAUCCCCAAGUGGCCGUGGGGUGAUAGAGCAGGAGAUGGCUGUAGAGGGUUCAUGGGAGGUGUGUGUCCCAUUGCACUGGCUUUGGCUGGGAUAGAGUUAAUUGUCUUCAUAGCAGCUGGUGUGGUUCUGUGUUUCGGAUUUGUGACCAAAACAGUGUUGAUAACACCCCCCUGUUUUAGCUGCUGCUGAACGGUGCCUGCCCAGCGUCAAGACCUUUUUUGUUUCUCACCCACCAGCAAGUAGGCUGGGGGGUGGGCAAGAAGUUGGG